CUCACACAUAUUCACAUGUUUCUGAAAAAUGUAUGAUUCAUAUGUCAUGCAUGGUACUAUACAUUGAAGAUAUUUCGAUUAUAAUAUUUCAUGUAAGGCUAUUAAAAUAAUUAUGAACUUAUAAAUUCCAUAACAAAUACGUUUAUUUGUCGGAGGCUGACUAAUCACAAGCGUUGUUACGAAGUAACAGCCAAUCCUGUGAUCCGUAUCUGAACGGUGCUGUCGCCUAUCUUUUACAGGACCAAACUGCGUUUCUGAAAAAACACUAACCGACAGUCUAAUAUCGACGAAGGAGUUGUGCAAAAGUUCUAUAACAAAUCAAUUGACUAACAGGUACAUUUCUUUGGUUUUAUCGUCAAACGAAUGUAGUAAAUCGUUCACACAUCAUCGCGUUUAUACGUGUUAUUUACAAAUAAUAUUUCUUAUGGUGGAAAAAGUCAUGGUUCGCGAUGCACAAAUCUCUUGUGCAUAUCAAUGUUACAUGCACGCUUGUCGCCAUUUUGUUUAUUGUGUCUGCUUUUGGAGGGAAACCGGAUUUUAAUUUAUACCGUUUCUAAUUCAUUCUCAUCUAAUUUAACAUAUUUGCGAGUAAAUUUACAGUAAUUAAAAAAAAUUUAGUGUUUUUUUUUGUAUAAUAAACAUUGAUUUUUUUUAUUUAUUAAAUCAUAUACCGUUAUUUUUGUUAAAAUAAAAGUGGAUAAUUUACAAUUUAUAAAUAAUACUGAUCAAAUUUGCAGUAUUUCAGAGUAAACAAUGGCACGUACUAAGCAGACUGCACGUAAGUCAACAGGAGGUAAAGCUCCCAGGAAGCAACUUGCAACUAAAGCUGCACGUAAAAGUGCGCCAUCCACGGGAGGAGUGAAAAAACCUCAUCGUUACAGGCCUGGUACUGUAGCACUUAGAGAAAUCAGGAGAUACCAGAAAUCGACCGAGUUGCUUAUCAGAAAAUUACCAUUCCAACGUCUAGUUCGUGAAAUUGCACAGGAUUUCAAGACUGACCUGCGAUUUCAAAGCGCUGCAAUUGGAGCAUUGCAAGAAGCUUCCGAAGCAUAUUUGGUCGGAUUGUUCGAAGACACAAAUCUGUGUGCAAUUCACGCCAAACGCGUCACAAUAAUGCCUAAAGAUAUUCAAUUAGCAAGACGAAUUCGCGGCGAACGCGCUUAAACACUUCAUGUCGCAGAUUCUUUGGAUUCUUUCUUUUCUCAACUUCAUGUUAUUUUUACAUUCUUGAAUCAAAUUCAAAUCUAUUACAAUCAAAUUCAUUGUGACUUAGUUUUUUCAUAAGCCAUUACCAUAGGUAAUUACACUGCCAAAUUCUAGAAUGCAGAGACAAAAUAUAUCUAACCAUCAUAUCAAAUAGUUUAGUCGGAGAUGUUUAUAAUUUAAGUAUAGACAAAUAUGCAGAGAGCACGAUGCGAAGUAAGUAGUUUGUGACGAAUAGUAAUAGCACUUUGCAUAAUUCAUAUUUUAUUAUUAUGUACAAUUAUAAGUAAUGUAAGCCAUGUAUAAGCAAUAUAAUAUAUGUAGACAUAAUAUUUUACCGGAAAAAUUACUUAUGUUUGCUAUUCGUGAUUAACACACUUUUCAAAUACAGUUUUCUAUGUUGCUGUCAAAUUAGAUCAUAGAUUAGAUUAAAUUUAUAAUGUAUAAGAUAACCCUUUUAAGCAAGUAAAUAUAAACGUAGUAGCGUUUUACGGAAAGGAGGAAAAAUGAAUGAAAAAUGUUAUAAUUUAUGUUGUAUUUGCAAAAUUAGAUUAUCAAAAUUGAUUUGCAUGUAUAUAUUUAAUUUUUUACAAAAUAUUCUACAUUAAAAUUCGUUAUUAAUUACAUUAUUAUUAUUAAUAAUUGUAAUAAUAGUAAUAAAAAAAAACAAUUCAUAACAUUCUAAAUUAAUGUAAAUGAUUCAUAAAAUUUUUUAAUAAAUUUAACUUGCAUUGUCUUCCUAAAGAAUUGAGCUCUAUAUUUAUUUUUUAAAUACAUAUAUUGUCG